GCCAAAUCCCGAUCCGGCAACUCUCCCACGACAGCCCCUACGGUUGAUGUUUGGGAUGGUAUCAAGAUAUCAGAACUAUCAAAACUGACUGACCGUCCUGUUAGUAGUAUUGUCCACUCCAUCAAUAGUGGUUUGUUGGGAUCUGUUCGAGUAGGUGCCGCAACCUCGAUUGAAAAUCGAGAAUUGCUAACCGGACUCCUGUCCCUUUUGGGAUUCAGACCCAACUUCAUCAAUCGAAAGAGGUCUAUCAUGGACGGGUUUGACGUUCAUCCCAGACCCCUCUCGAACUCAACGUGUUGGGUACCUCGACCACCAGUGGUGACAGUAAUGGGCCACGUGGAUCACGGCAAGACAACCCUGUUGGACGCACUUCGCUCCUCACGCACUGUGGACAAAGAGUUUGGCGGCAUCACUCAGCAUAUAUCUGCUUUUUCCAUUUCAGUAGCCGAGGCUACUGCCGCAACAGGUGAUAUCAUCACCUUCAUUGACACACCUGGCCACGCUGCCUUCUCGGCUAUGCGGGCACGCGGUGCUAGAGCCACCGACAUAGUCCUCCUCGUGGUCGCCGCUGACGAUGGUGUCAUGCCUCAAACUGUUGAGUGCAUCAGAUUUGCCAAGGAAUUUGGCGGUUAUAUGACUUGUCACGUAUAG